UAGUCUAAGCUUGUGUGUUACCUGCCUUCUGCAUUCAUUUCAAGUUCCUGUGAAUGCCUUUUUUCGCAGCGCCGAAGCGUCAUCGUCGCAAAUAUUGCGAAUGUUCUCAAGUUCCUCCUUUCCAUCUGUGUUAACUUGUGAAAAAUGAAAAGUUUGAACAAACUCGCCUUGAUAAGCUAGUCGUGAGCCAUCGGGCUGCGAGAAACGACCGAGCGAAGAUCCAGACUCCGAGAGCGCGCGGAAUGCUACGCGAGGCAUGCGACAGGUAAAAUUCGGCCGCGCCGUUGCGAUGCACGUCAUCAAGGAAGGAUGUAAAACUCUCCGUAAAUUUCACGUGCAUUGGGAUCGUCUUGGAAUAACGCGAAGAUAAGCGAGGAGAUAUUCCAAAGCACCGAGCGUCUGUCUGGAAGGGGCGUAUAAUUUAUGGCCAACGCUAGCGACCUGCGAAACACCCGUCUGAUGAUUCGGUAACCUUGUAAUCGGCCGGUCCGUGCGAGCUCCUCAAGAAUUUCACGAAAGGAUCCGUCGCGCAAAUCCUUCCGUUAGCGUUCCCCUUCGGCGAACAAAGAUGGAAAUCGAAGUCCGGACGCUCAAGCAGGAACUGGCGCGCACUCAGGAUGCCCUGAAAUCCGCCACGAAGAGAUGUCGAGAGCUGGUGAAGGAGUUGGAUUACCGUGCUGCCGGCCACGAGUCCGAGCUAAUCCUGCAGAAUCAGCAUCUGUCGCGUGUAUUACGAGCGCUGUUGCACGUGGAGGCAGGACUUAGGAAGGAGCAAAAAUCGAUUAGACAAAUGCUCUGCGAGAAGGACAACGUCAUCCGGAAUCAGCAACUGGAGAUCGCUAUGCUUAGACGAUACACGAAGAACUAUAUCAAGUGCAAACGCGAUCGUACAACUCAGCCUGUCGAUGUCGAGGUUAACGCCAACGUCGACAAGAACCUGCAAAACUUGGGCAGUUUACAAAGAAAAACACUACGCGAAAGCGGUAUCAGCAAGGAUAUCGCGAGUUUAAAGUGCGAAAUAAUCACGCGGCUGAAUCCGGCGUCAUCCGGUAUUCUAGUAGACGACGUGUUGAAUCGUAACAGCGUGAAAAAGACGCACAGCUUCGCCGGUAGCGAUAUCUCGAAGGCGAGUCUAACCAGCAGCGAGAAUACGGACGCAUCCAUCAUCACGACGACGACGGAAGGCAGUCCGUCGUUGCUCAGCACGGAGGGCUUCUGCGAGGGCGAGAGCACGGACGUGUCGCCGGGUUCGACUUUGAACAAAUGCUCGAGCAGGUGCACGCCGACCACGGUGACCGACAGCGAGAACGAGACGACGAUGAUUUCGAACGAGGACAAGGAGGAUGCGAUGAAGAAGGGUGGAGUGACAACGACGGCAAAAAGAAGGACGUCUUUUCAAAGGGCGAAGGAUCAAAAAUUGUUGUCGAAAGACUGUAAGAUAAUCGAGGUUCCGAGCAUUGUGAGGACGGACAGCAAGGAUGACGGAAUGGAUUGUAACUUCGUCUCGGAAGAUGAAGAGCAAGACACGAGGACAAAUAAUCAAAAGAAUAGAGAGGAACCGAUUUACGUGAACGCUCGCAACGAGACGAACGAGAAAAACCUGCAGCAGCUGUCAAGAACGGAGGAUGAUUAUAGCAAUAAUAACAAUAUUGAAACGAAAAUUACGACACCGGAGCUGACAGUGGAGGACACCAGCGGCAACUGGUACAGUGAUCCCGAUGAGGACCGACUGAAUGAGGACGUGUCAUUCCGGCACAGCUACCGACCCAACAGCAAUCAUAACUCCGUGUUGGAAUGCGUGAAUCAGAUCCUACUGCAGGAUAUGGAGGAGGAAGAGAGCCCGGUGCUAUCGGUACCGCGCCAUUUUAAACAUCGCGGCAGAAUCGUGCGUUUCCAGGCUGCAAGGUUGUCCGACAUCGAGUCAGUGGGUUCCGAGAUGGAGAGGGGAAACUCAGAAGAGUCCGCAGUAGACAAGGACUCACCGAGGGAGGAGGAGCCCGUGGAGAACGAAACCAGUGCGUCCGAGGACGAGUUUGGCAUGAGAAUCGUCCAGAAGGAGCCGGAAGACGACUCCAAGGGCUCCAAGGCGAUUCCUCUGAUUAUUAUCGAACCUAAAAUUGACAUCGAGGAAACGAACAAGUCCCCUGUGAAAUCUCAGACAAGCAAUCCUCCGUUAAAAAUGGAAAGAAUCGAGGAGAAGACCUGCUUGCAGAUGUCUGCGAGGGGACUGACUAUUGCCAGGAACCUGGAUUACGAGGACAUAGAAUCGUUGCCGGAAGUGACGCCGACGAUGGCGUCGCCAACGCCGCCCAGGACGCCGCCGGCGCUACCGCCAAAGCCGCAAUUUCGCAACAACACGUUGAUCCUAAAGAAAAUACCCAGUCCGUCGUUCUUAAUCGAUGAAAAGAAACAGCAGGACUCGGGAAGCACAGAUCCUGCGAAAAGAAGCAUUCUAGGACUGGUAUCCUCUUCGCCGUCGAGGGCGGUGAGGAGCUUGAAUUUAGAGGAGACGAAGAAUUCGGUCAGGAAUUUAACGAGAGGGUCGACGAGAGAAACGAAAGAGGGUGGAUUUUGGAAGAACAGGUUCAAUCACGUGCGUUCGUCCUUCCAGUCGAGACAGAAGGAGCCGGACCAGGCGAAGAACGCGGCUAGAGUGACGAACAUCGUCCGGCAUUUUGAGGAGUUUAAGAUCGGCGAUCCUGAGGAGCAGACGAAGGACCGGAAUCGCUCGAAGGAGCGCCACGCCGAGCUCGAACAAGAUUUCGACAUUCGGCAGAACUUCGAAGAGUUCAAUCUGGACGAGUGCGAUCUGUCGGACGAUCCCGAUCGGCUCGAGGGCGAUGGCUCCGAAAGACUGGGCCACGCCGGGCUCAGCAACGCCGGCCAGAAUGAGAAUAGCAUCGCCAAAGACAACAACAAUGUUCCUGCUAACGGUGUUGGCAAUAGCAAUGGCAAUGGUAACGGUGAAACCGGAAGCAGCGGCUACGAUCACUUCCUGGAGGCGACUGGCCUUAGCAAUAAAUCGAUUCUCACGCCGUCGAGGCUGCUGAGCAAUCACAAGAGCAUGCUGAAACCGAAGGAUGUAAAAUACAAGAGCAAGAUCAAAGCCACGGCAGUAUUAGAGAGGCACGGCACGGUUCCGGGCAGUCACGCGGGAACGACACAUGUUAGGCACUGGACCGGGCCUUUUGUCUGACGAUUAGCCAGUAUCUUGCCGGGCAAGAAUAUCUUUCGUCACGCCGUAUCGGCUGAUAAUUCGCCGAGGCAAAGUUCAGCAGGUUUUGAUCCAUCGAUUCGCUAACAGUUCAUUAAAUAAACAUUUUUCGUGCAUAGCGCGUGAUUUUCAUCUCUAAAGUGCAAAUGGAACUUUAUACAGUAUCGGUCGAAAAGUAGGAAAUCUUUUCUAAAAUUACAAGUAAGUAAGGGCGACCUCAUUUCCUCGCGCUUUUAAUCUGUAGUAUCAUAUAAAUUACAUUAUUUUUAAAACAAUCUCUAUAAAAUAUACGUACACGUAGACCCCAAAUCUUGAAAAAAUCGCACUUCCAGUGAUUAAUUUAUUUGUUUUUCAGUAAGAUAUUUAAAAUAUGCGAAUUUUAACUAUUUUUCUGCUGUGAAAUUAUUUAUAAGUCUUUGUACGGUAUUUGUGAGGAAUGUGACACUUGUUUUAAAUUUUGGCAUAAAAUUUUAAAUUACAAAACGUUGUCGAAAAGGUAAUUAUUAUUUUUUAUUGUCUCAUUUAAUGAAUAUUACGAUGUAUUUGAUAACUCUGCAUCCAUGUUGUUUUUUAUUAAAUUAUUAUUUAAUAUACAGGUUUCUUUCUUUAGUUACAUUCGCGUGCACAUAUGCGAUUGAAAGGAAUCUCAUAUAAUGUACAAAUCUGAUCGACAAUAAGAACAGCGAGAUAAAUCGAGUGGAAGAUUAAAAUCUAAUGUCGCAUUUCAUCAACGUUAAAGGAUUAUGUUUUUGUUUAAUGUGUAUAUACAACUAUAAAUACUUGUAGACAAAAUUACAACAAUAUGUGAAUGUAA